CUCUCAAUCACGCGACAAACAUGCCAGCACCAUCCUCAGCGCCCGCCUGGCGUAUCUCCCAGCGGCGCCGCCCGCCACGCACACACAAACUCGCACUACGUGCCAACGCAACAGACAAACGAGCACGGACCCACACUAUAAAAAUGACGGCAUUUCUCCAUGGAAUCCCACUUAAGCGGUCUGAACUGCCGGCACACAUCAGCCCCGCUUUGGGGCUGUGAGGUGGCUGGCUGGAUCUUGAUUUUGUGUAUGUGUGUAUCGUGAUGCAUGUCUCACGCUUGUUUGCAGUGUGUGACAUAUUUUUGCAUGUAUCACUUAGAGAAUAGCCACACACGUCACAUCCAAGCCGAGGGGCGAAUCGAAUGAUAUGUCUACAGGUAUAACUGGCAUAAGUGGAAUAGUGUCAGAAGCAGUGUCAGUGCCACAAAACAUUCCGGCCCUCCGACUCUCCUGACGGCAAUACUUUGCGGCUUGAAUGGCUGAGCAGCUGGGGGUCUGGGCGUGGUGGUUGUCCCUUUCUCGGGUGUGCCAACAGUCGUACUUUGGGCUGGACUCGUUGUUGAGGUAGGACGUUUUGUUGUUGUCGAGCCACUUCGAGCCGGAAUUCUUUCCGAAGGACCCGGAGUUGUUGUUGUUCUCUCCUUCGGGGGUGGACCCACCGGUUUCUGCCCCGUGACAGGGGCUUCCUGGUCGGGGCCCUCCUCUUCUGGACCCUCCUCAGAGCUCUCUUCGGAGGAUUCUUCGCUGCUUUCUUCGGAGGAUUCCUCGCUACUUUCUUCGCUGCUUUCUUCGCUGCUUUCUUCGCUGCUCUGCUCGGAUCCCCCCUUGUUAUAAAAAAGAUUCAACCCCUUGGAUUCGUCGUCUCUGAAUGACAGAGUGUUGUGUUUGAUGACAUCUGACCGGAAAUCACCAAAAGGAAGACCACACGCAGGUAUGUGCCUCCGCUGUGUAUGUAUACCUGUGCAAACAUACCCGUUCCCCGUCCAGCCAAUUCUGCACGUGCACUUGAAUUUGUCGCCGCCCAAAUUGACGCAAAGGCCCCCAUUGGCGGAACAGUUGUGGGUGCCCGUG